AUGCGAAAGGCGUUCAAAGAGAAUGUGGGAUUCGGGCCAGGAGAGGUCAGGACCCUGAAAGCUGAACUCCGGCUCACCGCGCCUCGACCGUGCGUUGUGAGUGGAGGCGAAAAGCAAAAGCGCAAAAGAGAUCGGAAGCCGGGGUCUGACUUUUUCGGUUUCUUCCUUCGCCAUCAAUGGUCCUUGUCCACGACUUCCCACUGUAGCAUCAGAGCUCGACGAAGCACCACAGCUGCAACUGAUCAAAAGACAAAGAUGGAGACGAUAUCCUUGCCCUCGACGCUACCCUCCCCUUUGCAACAGGUGCAUCUCGCACACUUCUCCAACCUCGAUCCAGAGUCCCAAUCUGCAGCCAUCAUACGUCGGAUCAUCUCCGCAUCGCAGCUUCCCACAUCGACAGCCAGCGGGGCAUCCGAGGAGAAGAUACAGCAGGCAGAUCUCGAACGUUCAAAGCUGGAUUUUGCAUUUCUCGACCCGACCAAGCUGUGUAGCAAGCAGCAUGUGCUCACCGCAGUAACGCAGGCGGCGGUGGUGUGUGCGAGGAGUUGGGACAACGAGACACGAGCGUUCAGGGAGGGAGAGGGGAGUAUCGGCGGGAUGAAGUCAAAAACACCACAUUCCGAGGUCAUCUACAUGCUAAAUCCUGGCAACAACGUCGGAGAAUCACUCAAACGGUUCGGUCUGUCGCCAAAAUCGACGUCGUUACUGCUGGUCAAGUUCUCAUCGCCAGCAUCAGAUCCUCAAGCUGUCUUGCAAAGCAUGAUCGAUGUCGUCUCGGCGACCAACCUCACCACACCACCAACGACCGAAGCAAACUACCCAAUAGACAUCGAUCAGACCAUCCGAUACGGCAGCUACUCCGCAACACCCUCCACCACAACGCCAGUGACAGACUGGAAAGAUCUCAACAAGAUCUACAAGCUUCAAAUCCCAUCGAACCUGCUCAACAACAAAGAGGACAGUAGAUGGCAGAAGGAGUACGAAGACAUUGUCUGCACCAGCGUUGCCAUGAAGCUCGUCGCUGGGUGA